GUGAUUCUCUCCACUAUUAUCUACCAAAACCUUUACAAAAGAGAAAGCUCCAAGACGGAACCAUGGUUUUUACAUCCAUACCAGCAACUUAUCUGGAUGCAGCCAACUGGCAGCAACAGCAACAAAAUCAUCAACCGGGAAACGGUGGUUCAACCUCUCAGCAGGUGCUUCCGCCGCCGCCACCAGCUCAGCCUCAUGCAGCCGGCGGCUCCAGCUCGAUCAGGCCGGGGUCAAUGGCUGAUAGGGCAAGGAUGGCCAACAUACCUAUGCCGGAGGCUGCACUGAAGUGUCCACGAUGUGAAUCAUCCAACACCAAAUUUUGCUAUUUCAACAACUACAGUCUCUCUCAGCCACGCCACUUCUGCAAGACCUGUAGAAGGUACUGGACUAGAGGCGGUGCCCUAAGGAGCGUCCCCGUGGGCGGCGGCUGCCGGAGGAACAAGAGAAGUAAAGGAAGCAGCAGCUCCAAGUCCCCGGCGAGUUCGGAUCGUCAAACUGGAAGUGCUUGUUCUACCAACUCAAUCUCUUCUGCUACUGCAGCUGAUAUAAUAGGCUUUGCACCCCAGAUGCCACCACCGAGGUUUAUGACUCCAAUGCAUCAAUUCACUGAUUUUGGAGUUGGAGAUAUGGGCUUAAACUAUGGCCCAAAUUACAGCACUAUUUCAGGUUCAAUGGGAGGAGUAGGGGACUUAAGUUUCCAUAUAGGAAAUGCUUUAGGUGGACCAAAUGGUUUUGAGCAAUGGAGGAUGGCGCAAACACAACAAUUUCCCUUCUUGGCUGGUUUGGAAAGUUCACAAGCUGGUUUGUACCCUUUUGAAGAUAGUGCUAAUGGAUAUGGUGUUGGUGGGUUGAGUCAUCUCAGGCCAAAGGUUUCAACUUCUGCGGUUAUAUCUCAGCUUGCUUCAGUGAAAAUGGAAGAUAGUAAGCAACAUAAUUUGUCAAACCAGUUCUUGGGAAGCAAUAAUCAAGCAAGUGAACAAUAUUGGACUACUGGUAAUCCUCAAUUAUGGACAGAUAUUUCGGGUUUUAGUUCAUCUUCCACUACUAGUAACCAGCCAUAGAAAUUUCAGAUCAUGUGAAGAAGUUUCAGGUUUUGGUUAGUGUGGCUUCUAUUACAUUAACCUAUCUGAUAAACUUUAAUCCAACUCCUUAAUUAGCCCAAUAUAAAGAGCGUUGAGGAUGGAUGAGUGCUUUGUUUUUUUUUUUUUAAAAAAAAUCAAAUGAAAACCCUAGGAUAUGUUAGCUCUUUUUCUUUUAAUCGUUAUAAGUUCUUCAAUGUUUUUUCUUUAUUUUCCUUUUAAUAGGUUUAGGUUGCUUUGUAUGAGAAUGUUGAA